UUUUCAAGCAUUUACUUCUUCUCCUUCUUUCUACUUCUGCGAUUCUUUCGAUUCUUUCUCUUUGAUCUGAACGCGAUUACUCUGAGACUGCAAUUUAAUUCAACCACCACCACACCACCACCUUCUUCCACCGCUCAUCGCCAUUCUCAUUCUCAUUUUCAUUGUUUUUCCAUUUCAUUUCUUAUCCCUCUCUAUUUACUUGCUUCUCUGUUUUUUGCAGGGUUUCUAACCAUGGACACUGGACCGUGGAGUGCUUCCUCCAAGAUGAAGUCCAGAUACCCCUUCCAGGAUCGUCUCUUCCGCACUAAGAAUUCUCAAGAAAACUUGGACAGGUUUAUUCCCAAUCGCUCGGCGAUGGAUUUCGGCUACGCCCACUACAUGCUCACGGAGGGUAACAAGAAGGGCAGGGAGAAAGAGAACGAUGCGGUGACGUCACCAUCUCGAGAAGCAUACCAGAAGCAACUCGCCGAGGCUUUCGACAUGAAUCGCACUCGAAUCUUGGCCUUCAAGAACAAGCCUCCGACGCCGGUUGAACUCAUUCCCAAGUGCAUCCUUUCGCCUCCUCCUCCAUCCAAAUUCUCUAAGCCCAGGCGUCACAUUCCUCAGAGUUCUGAGAGAACGUUGGAUGCUCCUGAUAUACUCGAUGACUUUUAUUUGAACCUAUUGGACUGGGGUUGCGGCAAUGUUCUUAGUAUCGCCCUUGGGAACAGUGUGUAUAUAUGGAAUGCCGAUGAUAGCUCCACUGCUGAACUUGUCACUGUGGAUGAGGAAGAUGGUCCUGUUACAAGUGUUGCCUGGGCUCCCGAUGGACGCCAUUUAGCCAUUGGUUUGAGCAAUUUUCAUGUCCAGCUCUGGGAUUGUCAUUCUUCUAGGAUGGUAAGAACAUUAAGAGGUGGACAUCAAGCACGAGUGGGUUCACUAUCUUGGAACAAUCAUAUCCUCACAACAGGAGGGAUGGAUGGUAGAAUCGUUAACAAUGAUGUUAGAGUGAGGUCUCAUAUUGUUGAUUCUUACAGAGGACAUCAACAGGAGGUGUGUGGGCUUAAGUGGUCUCCCUCAGGACAACAAUUGGCGAGUGGAGGCAAUGAUAACGUUGUUCACAUAUGGGACAGGGCUACUGUCUCUUCAAAUUCAGCAAACCGUUGGCUUCAUAGAUUUGAGGAACAUAGAGCUGCUGUGAAGGCAUUAGCAUGGUGCCCAUUCCAAGCAAAUUUGUUAGCUUCAGGUGGAGGUGUGGGCGAUCACUGCAUUAAGUUCUGGAACACGCAUACAGGAGCGUGCUUGAACUCUGUCAACACAGGCUCACAAGUCUGCGCUCUGCUGUGGAACAAGAAUGAGCGUGAGUUGCUUAGCUCUCAUGGUUUCACCGAGAACCAGCUCACUCUUUGGAAAUAUCCUUCAAUGCUUAGAAUGGGAGAGCUCAAGGGUCAUACCUCCAGGGUGUUGUAUAUGACACAAAGUCCAGAUGGGUGUACUGUGGCUUCUGCAGCAGCGGACGAGACUCUCAGAUUUUGGAAUAUUUUUGGAACUCCAGAUCCUUCCAAACCAGCGCCGAAAGCCAAUACUGAGCCCUUUGCUCAUGUCAACCGUAUUCGCUGAAGAUGCACGUAGAGGUUAUAAUAUAAAAUAUUUAGCUUUUUAGCAUUAUCCUGAUCAUUCUUUUAUUUCCUUGUAAAUUUAUAUUGUUAAGAAACAAAUGUACAUGUAUUUGUAUGAAUGGGUGUUGUUGUAUAUAUUGGUUAGAAAUAAAUCAUAAAUAAAUAAGUUUGACUGGAUUUUUUCAUUU